UGACACUCCUCUAUAAAAGCUGUCAACUCAACACCUCAUCAACUGUACAGUGACUGCCGCUCCUCAGUCACGCAGUUUGGAGUUACUUUAUUCAAGAUGUUUCGGCUUGCGUGCCUGCUGCUCGCGGCGUUCUGUCUGCAAUGGCAGGUGAAUGCCAAAUUCACCAUGGAAGAGAUUGAAAAAGCUGUUCAUCAGGCAAUGGAAAAGGUUGACUCGGCCUAUGAAUAUUCGAGACAAGAGUGCCUGAAUCGAAUCACACGACAUGAAGCCCGGCCUCAGGACGUACUGCGUUUUCUCCGACAACCUAAGGGAAUUACCCGCGAGGUGGCCCGAUCUGCCGACUAUUUCGACACUACGCUGAACAUCCUCAGAACGUCAUCGGAAACACGUAAAAAACGCUCAAUAGAGGCCGCAGAUGAGUUAGAAGAGGAACAUUUGGCAUUCAUCGAAAAACUGGUGGGCUGCGCCCCUCGAACUGGUUUCCCCUCAUGCAAGACAACGCCCAACGUUAACACAUUCCGCACUGCAAGCGGCGUCUGCAACAACGAGGCAAAUCCUCGUUGGGGAGCUUCCAACAUUCCGUUCCUACGCUGGCUUCCUGCUGAGUACCAGGAUGGUAUCUCUCUCCCACGUGGAUGGGAUCCUGUGAAAAUCAAUGGUUUCCUUCUUCCUCUGGUAAGAGAAGUAUCCAACCGCGUCUUGUCCACACCUGUAAAUGAAAUAGUGAACGACACAGUCUUCACUCACCUGUUGGCCUCCUUUGGACAAUGGUCAGACCAUGACCAGACCUUAGCGCCGCAUUCUCCGGUCAUCCGUACAUUCAGCAACGGUCUUGACUGCGAUGAAAGCUGCGAGCGCUCCGAGCCGUGCUUCCCUAUCCCCAUUCCCAAGGGUGGCCCACGUUUUGGCAUCCAAGAGUGUAUACCCUUUUUCCGAUCAUCAGCAACUUGUGGAUCUGGCAAUACAGCCUUCUUUUUUGGUGGCAACGCUACAGUGCGGGAACAGCUGAAUGCUCUGACUGCUUUUAUCGACGGGGGGCAGGUGUAUGGAUCGGAUGACGUUUUAGCUGAAGAACUUCGUGACCUCACCUCAGAUCGUGGAUUGUUGAGAGUGAAUGAGGAGUAUACUGAUAACGGCCGAGAACUCCUACCCUUUACCAAAAUGAUGGCCAAUAUUUGUGCAACCCGAGCUCGAAUCACCAAUGAUUCAAAUGCCCAGGAAGUCCUUUGCUUUUUGGCUGGUGAUGAACGCACCAACGAGAAUAUCAUUUUGACCUCGUUGCACACGCUGUUCUUCCGUGAGCACAACCGUCUGGCUCGAGCCCUGGGCAAAUUGAAUCCUGAUUGGAGCGGCGAGAGAAUCUAUCAGGAAGCCCGCAAGAUCUUAGGAGCGUUUCUCCAGAUAAUCACAUUCAGAGACUACCUAGGCCACAUAGUCGGUCCAAACGAAUUCUCCAAGACCCUCUCUACCUACCCAGGCUAUGACAAAUUUAUCGACCCAUCCGUCACCAAUGUAUUCGCAACGGCGGCCUUUCGAUUCGGCCAUACAAUGAUCCAGCCGUUUGUCUUCCGGCUCGAUGAAAAUUAUCAGGAAAGCCCCUUGUUUCCCUCUCCAAUGUUGAGCAGAGCCUUCAACGCACCAUGGAGGAUUGUCUUUGAAGGGGGGAUAGACCCAAUCAUCAGAGGGAUUGUGAGUCAGCCAGCUAAGUUGAACAUUCAAGAUGCCAUCAUAACUGAUGAGCUGAGAGACCGGCUGUUUAAAUUCUCUUUCCUACUGUCACUGGAUCUGGCAUCUCUCAACAUGCAACGUGGACGGGACCACGGACUCCCAGGGUAUACCAAAUGGCGCAAGUUCUGUGGUCUUUCACAACCCCGAAAUAGGAUGGAGCUGGCUGAGGUGCUGGGAAAUCAGGAAUUGGCUGACAAACUUCUAGAACUUUAUGGCACACCCGAGAACAUUGACCCGUGGUUGGCAGGAGUCGCAGAGCCACUCGUGAAAGGAGGAAGAGUCGGUCCCUUGUUUGCCUGCCUGAUUGCGAGGCAGUACAGUAACAUAAGAGCGGGAGAUCGAUUUUGGUGGGAGAACGACGGAGUGUUCACCAAGUCACAGCGAGCGUCUUUGAUGAAGAUGUCGCUUUCCCGCAUUAUCUGCGACAAUACCGGUAUCGAUGAAGUUCCAAAACAACCUUUCCUGUUCCAGCCAAGAGGAUCCGGUUUUCCCUCUUGCAAGAGCAUCCCUGAGUUUGAUCUCAGUCCAUGGAGAGACACCCCAUAUGGAUUUUUCGAACCACCAACAAUGGCCCCUCCAGCACCAACCAUGGGACCCGGAUACGGACAAGCUGGACCUCCCGGACCUCCAGGACCUCCUGGACCUCCAGGUUCCUCGUCUUCUGCCAAAGUGGCCUUUUCUGUCCGAUUGGGAGAUAAUUUCCCCAUUCCUGGUCUUCCUAUCACCUUCCACGAGGCCAUCUACAAUGGGCAGAACAGCUACAACACCAACACUGGCAUCUUUCUUUGUGUCUAUCCCGGAGUGUACGAAUUCACUUUCAAUGUCGCAAUUUACGAGAAUUCCGCAAGUGUUGAUCUGAUGCGCAAUGGCGAGUUAAUUUUGCAUUCUUUCACCACCAAACAGAAUGGUUAUAUAACUGCGAGUGGAAUCACCUUUAUUAAACUGAAAGAGGGGGACAAGGUAUGGCUUGUGGCUAACCAUGGUGGUAAUGGUUUGACCAAAGAUAGCACUUUUUCGGGCCAUUUGCUCUUCACUGAGUAGUUAUUACUACUACACAACACUGCUUUCAUUUCUCCCCCAGUUUUGAACAUGUGGUUUAUUUAGAUGUAUACUUUUUUUUAAUCUUGUGAGUGAACAUAAGUGUGUAUAUCUCAAAAUCACAUUUGACCUGAACAGGUAUGUAAUAUUGCUUGUUCUUUCAACAGUAAUUCAUCAUUUUAAAAAAUCAUUUACUUUCAAAACUAUCUUGUUCAAGACAUCAUGUACUGUUUUUAACAUGGAGUAAGUCUAUCAGACAACGAUGAAUAAAACACUGUUCCUCUUGA